CAUCUCGCGCUCAAGUUGAUCACGUGAUCGUCUAGUUUGAUGUUCGACGCACAGAGACGACAACAUUUCCGUGUACGAUAGACGUGUAGAUAUCUCGAUAUUGUAUAUAUACGCUGAAUGAGCUCAACAGACGCCAGUAAAAUGAAGAAAACGAGAGCCACAAGCGGCCAGUCAUCGAAACCAACCAAAUCCUAUCCGCCCACCUCGCCGACCAAGCCCAGCGCCGUGCAGACGCCAACAGCAGACCAAGUGCGACUGCAGCAACUGCUUAUUUCUGAUUCCGAGCUUCAGGGUUACGCUAAUAGCGCCGAAAUGAAAGGAAAAGUACACAAGGUGAUGGAUGUGACGGGUAUGAACGAGGAGGAUGUUCUUGAUGCGCUCGAGAGGUGCAACUUUGAUGAGGAGCAGGCGAUAACGCUGCUUGUUGAGGGGGGACCGACGAGCGGACAGUGGAAGACGACGGGGAAGAAGAAGAAGGGGAAGGGAGAGAAGCAGACUGACAGGGAUAUUGAUGCUAUUGAUGCUCCUGGAUAUUCUCGAGCCAAUGGGGUUGACAAAGAGUUGGAGAAGAAGGAGGGAACGAACAGAGCCGCUAACAAGAGCACAAGAGAGAACUACGGUGGCUAUGUUACUGUUACUGAGAAAGGACAGACGGAUCGUGGGACAGGUGGGAGGGGUUUUAACGGUCGACAAAAUCGUGGUGGAUUCAACAACAGAGGAGGAAGAGGACGGCCGUUUGGAAAGGGUCGAGGAGGAAGAGGUGGAACUUCAUUUGGAGGUAACAGUCGGGAUCGGCCAGGCCAGACAGGAGGGUUUGGACGAACGCCAAAAACAGAGACAGCAAAUGGUACAUCUUGGGGUACAAACCACUCAACAACAGAAGAGGACAACUGGAAUUCAGAUUGUGAUGCUUCAUCACCGGACGGUGUCAAGAACAAUUCGGACUCUCCAGUUCUUUCUGUUGGAAAGGAACCAACGUUGUCAUACGAGAACGCAAAUGGCAGUCAGGAUGUCUUCGCUAGCAUUUCGUCUCCAUCUGUCGAGCGAACUUUAUCCUAUUCAAACACAGUCACUGUUCCUUUGACUCUCUCCAGUUCUACUAAUUUGGCUGGACUUCAUGAGGAUCCUGCUAUCGUGACUGUCGUAUCCAGCAGCAGUCGACAGCAGGUCAGGAUUCGGCGAGUAAUCAAAAAAGGACCUUCACAGAUUCCUACCGCUGCCGUUGAGAUGCCCGUGUCGAAGUAUAGAACAGAUAUAAGUGAUGAGUUUUCCGAUCUUGGCAUUAAUUUUGGCAGCAGCCCUACUACAGAUCCCCCAAUUGAAUUAGUGAGUGUGGAAUCAACAAGCUUAGUGACAAAUCUUCCUGUUGAUGAUUCUCAUGUUACUCGAACUCAAACGGUGAUGGCUAAUCAAAUGGAUAGUGAAGUUGAAGUGCCGUCGUCUGCGAAUGAGUCGAAGUCGAAGUCGUCUGUGUCAGUGGUUGGUGAUAUCGGUGAGGCUGUGAGUCAGUUUGGUUCUAGUGGACCGACGCGUACUCUUGGAGGUCUGGUGGGAAGUCCAGAUGCGAUGACUAUAGAGGAGCUACAGCCGCUACAGUCAAGCAAUGGUGACAGUCGGGAGGUGGCAGAGCACAUUUCAAUAUCCGGUACGCCGUCGUCUCUACCCGCCGUAGAUGCUGUGACUCUUGGUUUAUCAACCGAACUGACAUCAGUACCUUCUCAUCUGUCAGCGGAACCAUCUCUGGCGGCAAAGCCUAGUCAGCUGGUCGUCGCCUCGGUACCUGGUCAUAUCUCACUACCAAGUGCCACGACCACUUUGGCCAGUGGUGAUUCUCAGUCAAUAAUUAGUAAACCUAUAAUAUCAUCAGGAGUUCGAUCAACGGCGGCUAUGUUGAAUACUACGACAAUGAGUCACAGCAUGCCGUCAAGAACUGGUUCGAGAUCGUCAAUGCCUCCUGGCAUUUACCCAACGGUUCCAGCUGCACCGUUUCUUCUGCCAGGGGCAAUACCUUAUAUGGGGUAUACAAUGGACUAUGACUUGAUGAGAUUGCAGACACCUAUGACCACACGGGAUAUGAGUGGACUGAACUCAUCAGCAGGUUUGGUUGACAGCAGCAAGUAUGGUCGAGAUGCAGCAUCGAAUUUGUUGAAUCCGAUGUAUUACUCUGGCAUGUACAUGCCACCUGUGUUUGGACUUCCAUAUAACAUGAGCUUUAAUCCGUAUCAGGUUCCUGGAAAGCUUGCAGGUGCAACACAGUUUAGUCAAGCAGGCGCUCAGACCUUCGUGCCACAAGGUGUAGGUUAUGAGGAUGGGGACUUUUCCAAAGGUGGCUACGCGGGCGGACACGGCUCAGUGAAAGGAGUGAAUUCGGGUGCACAGCAUCGUGGUCUCGUGUCUUCCAGCAUAGCCGGUGGCGACUCAUACAAAGCACAGAAUUAUGACGGACAGAAAGGAGGCUACAGUCAUGCUAACAGUGCAGCGUUUGCCAUGCCUCCCGGUAAUCAAGGCCUUCUGUCGAAUCCCUAUUUGUCGGGCAAUUUUGCCGCGACGACGAUGUCUCACCAGUACCAACCGGUGCACGGUGGAGCCAUCAAUGCACAUGCACAGAUGAUGGCGCUUGAUCCUGCUGCACACGGUGCAGGUGGCGGUCAUUCAGGGCGGACCCAACAUCAGCACCAACAAAGUAAGCAAUCUGGAAAGUACGGCAGCUACGAGGGCGGCAACUGGCAGCCGUGAUGAAUACUGACGACGGACGCGAUGGUUUCUUCAUUUCUACUGGCUUGGCUCUAUGCUUGUUGAUAUGUUUAUGUACUGGCAUCUUGUGUCACAUUGUUUGUAGUGUAGAUGCAGGUAAAAUUCUUGAUUGUAUGUUGUAUGCAUUUCUUAACCGGGAAGCAGAUGGGAGGUGUCUGCUUUCGGUUCGUGUAGACUGGAUACUGAACCUCGAAUGGAUAGCGUUUAGGUGUGUAGGCGCAGACUAGUGAUGAACUCGGGUGGAGUUUGCUGUGGCUGCUAUGUUGUAUGAAUAGAAACUGGUUUGCCAAGUGGCAGUUGUA